AAUUGUGUAAAACAUGUUACCUAUACUGCAUCAUGUCUGAAUAUGUAUGUAUGAUUUCAGAUAUUAUAUUCAAUAUGGAAUACUUUAAUACGGCGACAAGCUAUUAGUUCAGAGAUGAAUUGUAUUAAGCUGAAACUCUAAAAUCUAUGAAGAUGGAACACAUUGCCACACCUAAGGUGGAGAAUGUCCAUUUAUUGGAUAAUAUCAACCCCCGGAACUCUACUGUAGGAACUCUCUAUAUCACAACUACACACCUUAUCUUCGUAUCACCAGAGGACAAGGAGGAGUUAUGGAUCCUUCAUAUGCAUAUCAGCAGUGUGGAUAAACUGCCAUUAACUACUUCAGGGUCCCCUGUUAGGAUACAGUGCAGCAACUUCCGGGUAGUGACAUUCAUGGUUAAUAGAGAUAGAGAUGCACAGGAUAUCUACACAAGCUUGGCUCAGCUCUCUAAACCUAGUUCUCUUGAAGACCUUUACUGUUUCCAGUAUAGAGCUAAGAAUGAUCUACCCCAGCCUACAGGGUGGACAUUUUUCGAGCUGUCUGCUGAGUUCCAGAGACAAGGGGUGCACAGUAAACAUUGGACACCCUGUUCACUUAACAACGAGUACAGAUUAUGUCCGACAUAUCCACGGUUAUUAAUGGUUCCAUCAUCUGCCUCUACACUUAUAGUUCAAGGAUCUGCCAAAUUCAGAUCUAAAGGUCGUCUACCUGUGUUAACCUACUACCACGCGCAGACAAGUGCAGCUCUACUUCGCUGUGCUCAACCUCUAUCCGGCAUUAAAGGUCGAAGUAGUGAGGAUGAGCAGUUUAUAAACUGUAUUCUUGAAUCUAACACUGCCUCCAAGUUCCUGUAUAUUGUAGAUACCAGACCAAAGAUAAACGCCAUGUACAACAGGGCGGCUGGAAAAGGUUACGAGGCAGAAGCAUUUUAUCCCAACACGAAGUUUGUUUUCAAGGGUAUAGAGAAUAUACAUAUAAUGAGAGACAGUUUGUCCAAACUAGUGGAAACAUGUGAACUUAAGACUGAAACUAUUCAACUUUUUCUACAGGGAUUAGAGCAGUCAGGAUGGUUAAAGCAUAUCAAAGCAGUUCUAGAAGCAUCCAUCUUCAUAGCAGAGUCCUUACUAAACGGAAUAUCUGUGGUGGUUCAUUGUUCCGACGGGUGGGACAGAACAAGCCAGACCUGUGCCAUAGCCCAGAUACUCAUUGAUCCUUUCUACAGAACAAUUCAGGUAGUUUACGUCUUGAUCCUGAUCUUGAUCUUGACCUUGAUCCUGAUCAAAUAUAAUUUAUUUAAAUAUUGUUCAGGUGACCCUAAGGAGGUUUCCCCGAUAUUUACGCAGUUCAUUGACGCAACCUGGCAAAUACUUACGCAAUUCCCGCAGGCAUUCCAGUUCAACGCUAAGUACCUGUUAACUAUCCACGACCACGUGUACAGUUGUCAGUUUGGAACAUUCCUCGGCAACUGCGCUAAGGACCGAGAGGAUUAUCGGUUAGCAGAGAGAACAUACUCACUUUGGGGUCAUCUGACAAAUACAGCAGACGAGUUUAUAAAUCCAUUAUUCGAUUCAUCCAGUAAACCUGAUAUUCUGAAUCCCAGCACAUCUCCACAGAAUAUUCAUUUCUGGCGGGGCUUCUACUGCAGGUUUGAAGUUGGAACACACCCCCGAGAACCUAUAAUAGAUCUGCUGACUCUAACCCAGCUCCAUACAGCCUCUUUAGAGGAUCAUGCCAAGCAUUUAUCAAAACGAGUUGAUGGGCUAAGGAGUUUAAUCAGUAGUGCUAAAGCAUCUGGGGCUGUCAAGAAGUUUCUUCCUUCAGUUGUUACAGGAACAAAAAGUUCAACAGAAGAAACUGAAUCUGAACUAGAUAAAGUAGAGAAGAGGUUUGUUGAUCUGAAGACUGCCCUGGUUGAGAAAUGUCAAUCUAGUAAGAUUUUAGAGCUGUUUAAUCUGCUUGGAGAUCUAGAAGACUGUUCACCAUAUUUAACUCUAAGUGUAGGAUCUCCUGUGGUAUAUUCUCUGCAUAGAAAAAGAUCGUUUGAACCUCUCUCUUCUCCAUCAGAGAUUCCCUUAACCUUGGACCAAAUACAGCAGGAGAUCUCAUCUGUAGCGAUUUUCUGGGAAACAAGGAGAGAAUGUAGUGACUGCUCCUGUGGUAUUAAGAUUUCCUACUCUGUUCCUGUCAAGAACUGUACUUCUUGUGGACGGUUGUUUUGUGAAAGGUGUAUGCACAGACGUCGGGUUUUACCAGGACAUGCUCUAGCAUUUAACAACAGCGAUGGAAGAAGACGGUCAAGUAAUAUCAGUCAGUCUAGUCUAGCCAGUUUAAUUACUGGAUCAGGUUCUCCCUCUCCUCGUUCCUCCCUGAAUAUCCCGGUAUCUCCGGUCAAAUUUAUCCAGAUGCGUACAUAUCCUGUUUGUAGCAACUGCUACAGGGACACCAGCUCAGAGCAAUAAACUGACGGCACUUCAUCAUAUUCACAGCUGUCAACAUAUGU